AGCAUGAUACCGGUAGCUGAAUUCAAGCAAUUCACAGACCAGCAGCCGGCUUUCAAAGUUCUCAAGCCCUGGUGGGAUGUCCUGGCUGAGUACAUCACCGUUGCCAUGCUGAUGAUUGGUGUUUUUGGCUGCACUCUGCAAGUGACACAGGAUAAGAUCAUUUGCCUUCCCAACCGUGUCCCCCGUGGCACGUCCUUUGCUGACGCCACUUGUGAAGAUUUCACCAAGAAGAUAAUAAAUGCCUCUGAGAUGACGGAGUCCCCCACCCAUCAGGAAACGAGUGGGUUACAGAAUAACCUAGACCUCCAGCAGUAUAGCUACAUCAAUCAGAUGUGCUACGAGACUGCCCUGCAUUGGUAUGCCAAGUACUUCCCCUACCUCGUCGUCAUCCACACCCUCAUCUUCAUGGUGUGCGCUUCUUUUUGGUUCAAGUUUCCCGGUACCAGUUCAAAGAUUGAACAUUUCAUCUCCAUCCUGAGCAAGUGCUUCGACUCGCCUUGGACGACGAGGGCCAUCUCUGAGGUCUCCGUGGAGAACCAGGACAACGCAAGCCCAGCGAAGAGGGACCGGAGAAGGAAGAGCAGCGCUUCCAGUGAGUCCGUUGAGCUCAACCCCACAGGGGGGUCCAUUGCCGAUAAGAAGGUUGCAGAGUCCGCCCCCAUUAGCCUCCUCGACAAGAAGGAAGGGGAGCAGGCCAAGGCUCUCUUUGAGAAGGUGAAGAAGUUCCGGCUCCACGUGGAAAAAGGAGACAUCCUCUAUGCCAUGUACAUCCGCCAAACCAUCCUCAAAGUCUGCAAGUUCUUGGUCAUCACCUCCUAUAACGCCGCACUCGUUCACAACAUCAGCUUCAUCGUGCCGUGCAGUGUCAAGAUGAAAGACAUGACGGGCUAUGACCAUUUCUGCUGUAAUCACACCAAGGCACACCUGUUCUCUAAGCUAGCCAUCUGCUACAUCUGCUUCCUGGGCAUGUACGGCAUGACCUGUCUCUACACUCUUUACUGGCUGUUCCACCGGCCCCUGAAAGAGUACUCCUUCAAGUACGCACGCGAGGAGACAGGCAUCAGCGACAUUCCCGAUGUCAAGAACGACUUUGCUUUCAUGCUCCAUCUGAUCGACCAGUAUGAUUCCCUCUACUCUAAGCGGUUUGCCGUGUUCCUCUCGGAAGUCAGCGAGUGCAAGCUCGCCCAGCUCAAUCUCAAUCACGAGUGGACGGUCGAGAAGCUGCGACAGAAGUUGCAGAAGAACCCUCACGGCCGGCUGGAACUCCACCUCUUCAUGCUCCCCGGACUGCCUGACACUGUCUUUGAACUGACAGAGGUGGAGUCCCUGAAACUGGAGCUCCUCAAAGACGUUACGUUCCCGACUUCAGUGACUCAGUUGGUCAACCUCCUGGAACUCUCCCUGAUCAACUGUCCCGUUAAGCUGCCUUUUACUGGCCUCCUCUUCCUCCGUGAGCAGCUGAAGGUGAUGAACGUGAGGUUCGAUGAGAUAAAAGAUAUACCGUUGUGGACCUACAACUUGAGGAGCCUGGAGGAGUUGCACAUCUCGGGGCUUUUCAGCCAGGAAAUCGGCCGGACGGGAACUCUGGAAAGCCUGCGUGAGCUCAAGAACCUGAAAACCCUGACGCUGCACAGCAAUAUCUCAAAACUGCCCCCCAGCGUGACUGACGUUGCCAGUCAUCUGCAGAAGGUCGUCAUCCGUAACGAUGGGACUAAGCUAGUGACGCUCAACAACCUGAAGAAGCUCUUCUCUGUGCAAGAAGUCCAGCUCAUCAACUGCAGUCUGGAACGCAUCCCCCACGCGGUCUUCAGCCUGGUGAACCUGCAGGAGCUGGAUCUCAAAGACAACCAGCUACACUCCAUCGAGGAGAUCCUCAGUUUCCAGCACUGCCGCAAGCUGACGUGUCUCAAGCUGUGGUGCAACCACAUCGCCACCAUCCCCGAUCACAUCCGCAAGCUCAAGACUUUGGAGCGCCUCGACCUCAGCCACAACCGUAUCGAGGCCCUCCCCCACCAGCUAUUCCAGUGCAGUAAGCUGCGUCAUCUGGACCUUUCCAACAAUAACAUCUGGGUCAUCCCUGCCGGGAUGGGGGCCCUGUACAACCUCCAGCAUUUUGCCAUUUCCCACAAUUCCUUGGAGGUGCUGCCUGACGAACUCUUCUUGUGCAAGAAACUCAAGACUCUCAAAGCAGGGCACAACAAACUGCAUCACCUCACUCCGCGCGUGGGCGGCCUGACUCUGCUCACCACUCUGGAGCUGAAAGGGAACCAACUUGAAUUCCUGCCCCAGGAAAUCUGCAUGUGCCGCGCCCUCAAGCGCUCCGGCCUGGAGGUGGAGAGCGCACUCUAUGAGUCACUGCCUUUAGAAGUUAGGGAGAAGCUGGAGGAGGAAUGAUGGGGGAAAUGAUAGGAAGGGUAGGAUUCUCCCCCAGGUUUCUGCCACACAGACAUGGAGCGAGGAGGAAUCUUGCUGAGUUCUCCAUAUCGUUUGGGUCUAUUUCUUUUUCACUCUUUCUCUCCCAUUCUAUCUGUGGGGCAGAUCUGGAAAAGCAAGGCAAGCCGACUUCAGCGUUAGGCUGGAAAGAGGAAAGGAACGAAACACUUCCAACUUGGAAGGACAGAUCGACAUUCAGUGCGGCAGAGACAUUAAAAAAGACACAGUGGGUUUUGAAUUUUUCAGAAUUAAUUGUCGUAGGAAUUACUCGUGAGAAAGAAAUGGCUG